UAAAAAGCCCUGAAAUGGAACCCGAACCGAAAGAUUUAGAUUGGAUUCAACUGCGAGAAGAAAUGGGAAAAUCUCAAGCUGAAACGCAAUCUGAUAAAUUUGCAAGAAAAUUUAAAGAAAAUCCUUUCGUGCCAAUAGGUUGCCUUGCGACCGUAGGAGCACUAUCAUACGGUCUAUGGUGCUUCAGAAGAGGUAAAUCAAAGAUGUCGCAAACAAUGAUGCGUCUCCGUAUAGUGGCCCAAGGAUUCACAGUAGUAGCUUUAGUUUCAGGUGUUGUCAUCACAACUGGAAAGAAUUUGAAUAAAAAUAGUUCUCAAUAAAAUCACCUAAUUUGAA